AUGAUUAUACGAACUACUAACAUGAUGGACUCGAAUACUACUAAUACUAUUGAUAAUCAUCCAACACUUUGUUCACAAAUCGAAUUAAAUUGCAGCGAUUAUCAUACAACUAAUACUACUACUACUACUAAUAAUACUACUCACAAUAAUAUUUGUACUCAAUUAGGAUUGACAUUGCCUAAUCCACUGAUUAGUCAUUCAUUGCACCAGUAUACAACAUCAAUUGGGAAUUCUUUCCCAUUAUUUAUCAAUGAGAAUAAUUUGAAUAGAAAUACUGAUGAUCUUUCAAGAUUGACAAACGUAUCAACAGCAAGUGAUUUAUAUUAUUAUUAUUAUCUAAAUAAAGGAGAAGAUUAUUCACGUGACAUUGUCGCAUCUACAUCGGAUUUCACUCGAUUACAUAAUCAACCAAUCAGUUCGAAAUUCUGUUCACCGAAUUUACAUCAUACAAAUCAAAAUGAUGCUUAUUCAUCAUCAUCAUACAAGACUGAUAACACUAAUAACAGUUUCAUCAUGGGCUUAUCAAAUCAUCAUCGUUAUCUUACAGGUUUCAUUCAUGAUGAGAAUAAUAAUGAAAGUCAGUCAUUCAAACACAAAGACGAUAUCAAACAAACAGGUAGUGUUUACAAUGACUCAACAAGUUCUGCGUCAUCGAUGACCAGCAGUGAUACAACAUUCAUACCAUUCUUCGAUCCAAUCGUAUGGAAUUCAACACAUUGGAAACAUAUCACUGCAACCACCAAUGCACAGAAUUCAUGUCAUCCUAAUCCAGUGAUCACUGAUUCAUUUCUAUAUAAACAAAUGAUUGGUAUCAAUGAUCAAUUGAUGCAUAAGCCAUCCGGUAUGCAUGUUACAUAUCCAAUGGUCGUCAGUACAUUGAAUUCAAAUGUGUUCAAUAGUCAAUCGGCAAAUUAUUUAAACAAACAUGCUCAAACUUUGAAUGAUUGCAAUACUAGUAGUGGUAACGCAAAUCGACUAUCGUUAUUACCAUCUCUAUUGACGGAUUCCGUGAAUACUACACCGACGAUUAUUAAUAAAUCAAUUCAUGACGAACCGACAAAUGAAUAUGGUAAUCAUUUGUCUGAUUUAACACUGACACAAUUUUAUAAUAAUAAUUAUCAUGUUAAUAAUUCAUUUAAAAAAUUCUACCCUAAUAAUAAUAAUAAUAAUGAACAAACUAUUGAGAAUACUACUCAUAAUCAUUAUAAUACUACUAUUACUAAUCGGUUUGAUAGUUCAACUGUUAAUCUAUCCAAUAUAAAUGAUUAUCAUGAGAAUUUCAAUGUAAAUUUCAGUGUUGCAAAGGCAAUGAAUCCAGUAUUGAAUGAUACACAGGGUGAAUUGAACAUUGAAAAAGCAUUGAAUAAAAUUGGAGGUAGUCAUUUGUUUUAA